AUGGAUUCCAAGAUUUGGAAAGUUAUUGAAGGGGAAAUUAUUUCCUUACAAGAUUUGCUUGAUGAGGCAGGUAGCUGCAUUGGUGAUACCGAUACACCAAAAUCGACCCUUGUAAUGUAUGAACGUUGUCUUACUGAGGGUCUACGACGAUUUGAAGAUAGUUGGUCACAGAAGGUGGCGAUUAUUUCACAGGAUAGUGAAUAUGAGAGGUUAUGUAGAAGUUAUAGAGCAAUAACUAGAUGUGUAAGGAAAGCUAUUGCUACUACACAGAAAACUAUGAGCGAGAUUGACACGGGAGAUAUAAAUCAACGGCCCGCUUUGCCGCCUCCUUCGGCUCCCACUAACCCUCUCCCUCCCCCUAAACUCCCAGCAAUUAAGAUACCUGAAUUUAGCGGUGGGGAGGAAGAAUGGCUUGCAUUUUGGGAUAUAUUUAACAGUUUAGUUCACGAUCGUAGGGAUAUUUCCGAUGUGAUUAAGUUUUUUAUACUCAGAGCUAGUUUAAGGGAUAACGCCUUUAAAGCCAUAGAAGGUUUGCUUGUCACUAAUGCCAAUUAUUCAGUAGCUAUUCAGACCCUUAAGGAGAAGUAUGAUAAUAAGGAAAAAUUGAAACGUAGACUCAUGUCCAAAUUAACACAUUUAGUCCCUCCCAGUCAUACAAUAGAGGAUUUGAACACGUUCAAAUUGGAAUAUGAGAAGAUUAUUCUACAAAUGAACACAUUGAAUUUAGAUGUAGAGGCCAUGAACCCCGUUUUCUCUAGUAUAAUAUGCGAGAAAUUAUCGCCUGAAACACGUAAGGCUAUAGCUAAUAAACAUAAUAGCAUGUCUCUUGAUUUAAAGCAAAUUUCCUCAGGUUUGAAAUAUGUUUGUGAAUUAAUGGAAUUUUGUUACGAAGGUGAGAAUUCUAAUAAGAGAAGACGAGAUCAGGGCAAAUUUUCUAAAGUGAUUCCCUCAAAUGUGCAAAACGUGCAGAGAGCACAACCAAGUAACAGUAAACCUAGUGAUAGUAGUCCUUACAAUAAUUGUGUUUUUUGCUCAUCGAGCCAUGCCUCUCGCGAUUGUAAGACUUUCAAAUCCAUUGAUAGUAGAAGGGACAGAGUUAAAUAUUUAAGAUUGUGCUUUGCUUGCCUCAAAGGAGGUCAUUUAAUCUCUGAAUGUAGAAAUAAGCCGAAAUGUAAUAUAUGUGAUGGGCCUCAUUACCCGAUGAUUUGUAAAACAGAAAACCCUGUUAAUCCUGCUCCACCAAAGUUGAGUGUAAAUAGUACUAAUGUUAGUAAAUCAAGUGUUAAUUCUGGGAAAUCUCAUUAUGAUUCUAAAGGUGAUGUUAGUAAAGGUGAUUCCCCAGUAGUUAAGACUGCUUCUUUGGGAAUUGAUAAUUCUCAGACUAAUAAGAUUUCUGUUCAGACUGCUCUUCCUACUGCUAAUGUAAUUGUGUCAGGGAAUGGACAUCGUUCCUUUGAGAGAGCACUCUUUGAUUCUGGUGCGCAAAGAACGUUUAUUGCAACGGAAUUAGCCAAUAAGCUUAGUCUAUCGUCCAUAGCAACAGUAGCCUUAAAGGUAAAACCAUUUGGCAGUGAUGCCAUGGAAGUAAAUUGUAAUAUAGUAAGAGUUGUGGUGAGACUAGGUAAGAUUCGUACUGUCAUUAAUGCCAUUGCAUUCGACAGAGUUAAUUCCAGAAUUUAUUCUCCAGGAUUAAGUAAAUCAGCUGCGUUCUUGAAGAGUAAAGGCAUAAAAUUAGCAGAUAAUGAUUUAAAUUCAGAGGAAGUAAAUGGUAUAGAAUUAGUCAUUGGAGCUGAUUACUAUGGAAGAUUCAUUCAGAACAGUCAAAUUUGCUCUGGAAUACAGAUAUUGAAUAGUUCUGGCGGUGCACUAAUUUUUGGACCUCUUCCUAGUUGGUCUUAUGACAAUGUAGAAUCUAAUGAGAUUACUACAUCAAAUGUAUGUUGUUCAAGAAUAGAAGUAGAGGAAAUCCCUAUUAAUUCUUGUUGUGAAGUUAGAAAAUUAUGGGAUUUAGAAAGUGUUGGUAUUCGUCAAUCUGAAAUUAGUCCUGAAGAAAGGAUAAAGUAG